CUCAAAAAACACAACAAAACACAUUGCACAUAGCUUUGUUGGUAUAUCAUUCCACAAGCAUUGUUGAGUUUGUAGGCAAAUGAGGAAACCUGAUCUGAUGGCCAACAAGGACAAAGUGAACAACAACAUAAAGAGCAAGUUGAGAAAAGGGUUGUGGUCACCAGAUGAAGAUGAGAGGCUCAUAAGGUACAUGCUCACAAAUGGACAAGGGUGUUGGAGUGACAUUGCUAGGAAUGCUGGUCUUCAAAGGUGUGGCAAAAGUUGCCGUCUUCGUUGGAUCAAUUACUUGAGACCUGACCUCAAGCGUGGUGCAUUUUCGCCCCAAGAGGAAGAUCUCAUCGUUCAUUUGCACUCCAUUCUUGGCAAUAGGUGGUCUCAGAUUGCAGCACAUCUCCCUGGCCGCACAGACAAUGAGAUUAAGAAUUUCUGGAACUCCACAUUGAAGAAAAGGUUGAAAACAAACACUUCUACUCCCUCACUAAACAACAGCACAGGCUCAUCAGAGUCUAAUAAGGAUGUUUUGAGUGGGAUCAUGCCCUUUAGUGAACAUGACAUCAUGACCAUGUGCAUGGAUUCCUCUUCUUCCAUAUCAUCCAUGCAAGCAACGGUUUUGCCUGACCAAUUUGACCCUUUUUCCAUGUUGGCAAAUAAUCAGUGUGACAUGACUAAUGUUUCAGCAGAUUUUCCCAACUUGACUCAAAUUGGCAUGGUAGAGGGGCAUGAAGGGAAUUAUGGGAUAUUGGAGCCAAAUAAAAUGGGGUUAGGAAGAGAUUUCUCCCUUCCUUCACUAGAAAGUAGAAGCAUUGAAAGCAAUAGUGUCCCAAUUGAUGUGAAAAGCCAUAACAACCACUUCAAUUAUGGUUCCUUCAAUCACACUGAUAAAAUUCAGGGCUCCAAAGUAGAGGACUUAAUUGAGUUUGGAAAUCAUGGCCAAGGGGAGGAUUUAAAAAUGGGAGAGUGGGAUUUGGAGAAUUUGAUGCAAGACAUAACCUCUUUUCCUUUCCUUGAGUUUUAAGUUGAUUAAGUGCCCUUCAUUGGAAUUCAUUUCCUCUUUUGGAUCUCUCUCUUUUUCCUUUCCUUCUCACAUACCCACCAAAUACCCAUUUUUUUUUCUUCUCAAGGUAUCUAAUGGAGAGUCAAAGACCAAUCCCUGGAGCUAAUAUCUCAAGACAUGAAAUUUCAUUUAAGGGAUUAAUCUCUCCCUACAAAUGUUUUUUCAUACACAUGACUCUAGGAAAUACCCACCACAUACAUAGCUAUACACAAAGACAACACAAAGCUCACCUUACGAAAUGUUAGGCACCAAUAAUUUUCCCCUUCUUCAAUCCUUAUUUCAUACUUUUGUUUCGAUUGUUAAUUUCUUUUCAGCCUUUUACAAAUUGUACACUCACACACAUCGAUCCAAUUUUCUUAGCCCUUAGGCAUAGUUCUGUAAUGAAAAUAUUGUAGAAUGUGUUAAUUUGCGGAAAUAGGUUGGUGUAAUAAUCAAAGUGCCCUUUCAUCAAGAGAAAUAGUGAUCAUUUAUAAAGUCAACAACGUAAUAAAGAUUAGUUGAGUUGCAUGUAGUAAUGUUUAUUAUAACGAAAGAAAUAAUGUGGAGGUGGAAUUUGUUAGUUAGUGUAAGGUGAAUGUAAACAGAUGUACACAAUGAUGUAAACACAUCAACACGUAGCAACUUUGAAAUUAGUUCAUUU